AUGUCGAGGAAUCCUUUUGACCAGGAUGUGGUCCCAUGGGGACGCCCUUCAGCCUCUGGAAAUCCAUAUGAUAGGGGCUUUCAUGAAAACACACAAAAUUCGGUACGGUAAUAAUAUUACGUACUAUUCAUAGUCACUACAUUAAAUCAAGUAUAGCCUUCCAGAUUUAUAUUGAACCUGGUCUUAUUCUUUCAAGUGGAGUGCAACCUUCUGUUUUGUUCAAUAUAGUAACUCAAUCUCUCUCAUUCUACAUAACUUUUAUGUAUAUGUACUGCCGUGAUAGCCUUACAGCCGAUUAAGGACUGCACGUAAUUGCACGGUAAACAGACCGUCAAAACCGAGCAUUUGGGCUAGUGUAUCGUUUUGGUUGCGUGUAUACUUUGUGAUGACCUGUUAGGACCUUGGUUAGGCAAACUGAGAGUGGGAGCGCUUACAAAUGGCCAUAAUGCUCGUAAGUCUCAAGACGAAUGGUUCACACUCUACAUUUCUAUGAUUUUAAGUGGUCUAAGCUUCUACCUCGUUGAGAAGAUCCAGUUAGCAAACAUGAGCUUAAUGUCUGCGUUCGGUCUUUUAUUUUAACAGCCCCGGAAAACCUAAGUAUUGUGUAGUUCCAUGUGGCUGGUAAGUUUAGAACAGCGGCAUUUAACUAACGACUGUAGCAGGCUCUUUACAAAUAGGCAAACGAGGUGUAGGCUGUCUAGUGGAGAAUUUGCCAUAAGUCCUAGGCUACAGGCGACAACGGUAAAAUCUCUCGCUAUAUAUUGGUCGCCUGUUGAGUCUUCAUCCUCUCUGUACCUCCGGUCCUCCUCGAUGCAUCUGACCUUUCCGGUGUACAAUCCAGCCAAUUUACAGCGUUAGCACUCUUCGUAAGCGUUUCCUUUCUUAACUUGUUAAAUUAAAAUCCGGACGGGUACAUCACAAAAUGCACAUACAACGCGGACAUAUGCACGUCAGCGUGGUUCGGCACACUGGAGCCUGGCUUCCUGCAAGAUCUGACACAUCCAUUGAAAUUAGAGCUUGACGAGAUGAUCCUUUCGUCUUUGCAGGAACCGGAGUAUAGCGUACCUUUGCAUAAUGAAUCGAAAUGCAUAUUAAAGAACUUACGAUGCCUGUGAACGUCAUCGAUUACAUUUCGGUACAUUUUUUCCAAGAUUCCUACUCAUUUGUCUUCUCAAUGUCUUUGCGACCCCUGAUGAACAAAUGCAAAGACGUCAUCCAUAUGUUAAACUGUUAGGAAAAUUUACAGCAGUAUAUCGAGAUAGUACGACCGUUCACCAAACUCAAACAGCAGUGACUCCUAGUGGCAACGCGCUUAAAAUCAGUAACCAGUGAUUUUCGGUGUGGCGUCAUCACGUUCACGAAUGACACUUGAAUAUGCACUUGUCGCGUCCUGUGGAGGACAUCGACUCGCUAUCGGUUGUUAUUGGACAACAGGCUUUCUUUUUGUGGUCACAUGCGUUUACUGUGCCGUCUUACCCAAAGAAAAAUUGUAUGGGUCUCAAAUACCAAUGAUGUGGGCAUUAUUUCUUAAUCACCUGAGAAAUAACUUCCGAUUCAAAUAUCGACUAUCAGAAACAAAUUGGUUUAUUAGAGUACACUUACGAGGAUCUGGUACUUCCUGUUCACCCCAGAAAUCGAGACCCAUCACGUUGCAAGUGUGGAUGGAGUUUAGCCAUCCUACAGUAGAACGUCUCAAAUCAAGUACGAGACACAGUUCUGUUCGUCACACGCCGUAAUGUGUUUGGCGAUGAAAACUGUCUCGACAACCAGUUUUUUAUUGCGUUCCCCUUACCCAUGUCCGGAGAAAAUAACUCAGCAUCGGUUAAGUCUACCGAUUGUUCCGUGUCGGGAACAUAUAGGACUAUAGCUAAAGAGUCCUUCAGUCUUUAUGACAGUUUUCGGUGUUUUCAACAGGCAUCUUCUGCUUUAGAAUGCAUCACGUCAGAAGAAUAGCAGGUUUCGCCGAUACAACUUAUGCCUGUCACAAAAAUUGAAAUUGUAGAUCAGGUUGCCUUUAUGCUGCCAAUUUAUGGUGUCAGCAUGUUGGAAGGUUUGCGGGACACUUGUACACCAAUCCCGUCCAAGAUUCUUCAUAUGAUGUCACUGGAAUAUGGCAAUUACGGAAUUGAGGUCGGUGUCGGGUGACUGGCUUUUGUUCGCUUUAUCCGAAAUGUGUUCAGGCUAGGUUCUUUUCCGCUGUCCUUGGCUCUUGCGCAUCGAGAUUGCGGCAGCCUCGCGGCCCUUUUAUUGCCUUCCAGAUAGUUAGGACUAAAAUCUGUCUUCAAGAGAUACUCCGACUGUUUGACUUCUACAGAACAGUACUGCUGUACACCUUUGACUUUUCACAUUGUUAUUAUAAAAUUUGUCGAGAUUGUCUUUUAUGUUAUGGGAAACUAUGUCGGGGCUUGUCGCUAAAAUGCACUGCGUCAGACCGACGCAGAAAUCAUUCAUUACAUUCACUUUUUACAGUUUUACUCAAUUUGAAAACGCGCACUCUCCCUCUGCCCAACCUCCACAUAUUUGUUUUAAGUCGUAAAUUACCCCAAUUUCUGCCACUAUGGUUUCCGUAGAGUCAAUUUCCUCGCAACUGCGCUUGUCGUUUAAGUGUCUUAUUGAUUUUAGAUGUCCAUUAAUUCGCCACAAUCCAGAGCCCUUGCAAGCCAGCAGCGGGCACUUGCAAGUAUAGCCAACUCGGAACGCGUUGGUUUGGGCACUCUGGAUGAACUCAAUGAGCAGGGCGAAAAGUUAUCUCGCACUGAGGCUCGCAUCAAGGAAAUUAAUGAACUUCAGAAGCAGAGUCAACAACAAAUUAACAGCCUUAGCAGUUUUUUUGGUGGAUUCAAAAAUUUGUUCUCGAAGAAGUAAGUCUCUGUUGUCGCCCAUCUUCCUCUCUAUCCUUGACUUGCGCACACAUGCUACUUUCCUGCAUAAAGUUUUCUGAAAAAUAAUCUGGUCUGAAAGCAAAAUUAUUAGUUCCCAUUCAUUGAUAUUUUGACAGAUUUUGAAUAAUUCAUACUGACCCAACUGUGAAAAACUCGGCGCCUCGGUGGGAUUCGAACCCACGCAGUAAGGGGAAGGCUUUAGUACAGCCAACGCUCUAAUCACUCGAGCUACGAGGCCCCGCCGGACGACGCGAGUUUAAUCACAUUUGGGUCAAGUUACCCGCCCAACCUACUGCAACGUCUGGAAUCUACCAAAUCUGAUACAGCAAGCAGGAUUUCCGAAGUAAUUCACCUAGAAUCCACCAGAUGACGCGCACGCGUGACAACGCCGUUUGCAGCGUUUGUAUCUAGGGUGCCUACUUCUGCCUAGUGCAUAUCUUUCUUCCAUACCGCCUUUAAAUUUCCGAGUCGAAUCGCCUUUCAACGACUUUGUUGGCCCGACCCCUCAGUCAUAGGCCCUCGUAGAAGGUGUCACUCGGCUUAGGUGUUUAUCUGUUCCACUUCUCAAAAGCCCUUUAUGUUUGUUCUAGGGGUAUCUCUGACUAGAAAAAGAAGAAGAUGCGAUCACUGGAACAAGAAAUUUAUUGACCUGACGUUUCGGAUUCUCACUCGAACCCAUCAUCAGAGACGUGUCUAGUGAUGGGUUCGAGUGGAAUCCGAAACGUCAGGCCAAUAAAUUUCAUGUUCCAGUGAUCGCAUCUUCUUCUUCUUCUGAACUGCUUCCUGGAACUCGCCUGUUCGCUUCUAUCAGCAUACCUCUGACUAUUCUCGGUAAUUCGUUCGUGCUGUACGAUGAGCGUCACCACUCAAGCAGAACAGUAAUACCUUACGCGUGGGGGAAGACAUGCAUCGCGUCGGUUUCGCUCCCCUCUCUCGUUCACAUCAUGCUCUGCCAACAAGACCCGAUGAGGACAAAUAGAUACGUGUUUGGGCGCCGCAGUUGACUCAGCAUUCGUCUCUGUCUCUGUUUCAUCUCAAAUGUUUGGUUGCUCUCCUCCACUUAGCCAAACUUCGUGCAUUCAAACCUCCUGUUUGCAUCGUAUCCGACCAUACCGCCAAUUGGCAACUUUCCAAGAGCCAUAAAUGCCUAAAAGCGCGUCCGUGAGCUUACAAUGAGGAAGGCGGGCAGAGACGCGAUCUGGCUGCGGAUGAAAUCAGGUGACACUGACUAGGCGCUUCGCCCCGCUCCCUCAUCUUUCCCGCAUGUGUUUGUCUUUCAACCGACAUGAAUUGGAAUCCACUUUAAAUCAUUCUAAUGACAGCACACUGGCGUCCAUCCGAGCCUGACGCCACUCUGUCCCUGUCACAAGAUACGGAAUACGAUAUUCGCUAAGACCUAUGCGUCCUGACCUUCACUAGUGAGUCAGGUGUCGGAUAUUGCACCUGCUUUUCUUCAGCAUAACAGAGCAUCCGUGUUGCUGGCCGGAACGUGCGCACUCACAGAAACAUAGGCAUACAAUUACUGGCGAUGCGUACUCUUUAUUUUCACGGUGGUAAUAUUGAGUCGGACGUUGUCUGCGUUACACGGUAUUCCUACCCUCUCAAGCGAGGCACUCACAUCACGAAAACCUGUCUUACACAUCCCCAUACGCUGCUGAAAAGUGCAACCACCAUAUGUGUAGCCAGACUGCCUACAGGAAUUUGCGUCCUCUAUUUCUUCGACGACAUCAAAGUAUUUUAGAGUGCUGAGACGCGCUGCCUGACAAGUCCAUCAUUUCACUGGGUCAGAACGCAGUCCAGCUAUCUCUAUCGUCUAGAAGACUAAACUGUACCACCACCCUGAUUCAAGCAAGUGUCAUAAUGGUUUGAGCGACCGAAAUCCCAUAGAACUCGUCUUUUCUUCUCAAAAAACACUCGAGAAUAUCAGAGUCCCAGUCAUCAGGCCGGAUGUCAUCUGCCUAUGCACGCCCGGCUACAUGUAACCAAGACGUCGAAGAGUAGACGCAAGACUCGGACUUCGGCACGGUUGCGGUCCUCCCAGAUCUGCUUCACGGUCUCAGCAUCGAAUCAGCAAUCUCAUCCAUGGGGGGGGGGGGUCAUGAAUCACUUCAUUGACUUGAGAAUUGUAAAAUUCCGCUGUAAAGAAGGAAGAGUGGGAUGGUGCGUUUGUCAUCGAAGUUAACAAGGCACUCCAAGUGGUCACGCCAAUAUUUGGCCUUGGUCCUCUUGUCAGCAAUAAAGCUACCAUUAGCAUCGCAAACAGAGGCACUGAGGGCGGAAAACCCACCAAUAACUGGGCGGACGUCUAAGGCCUGACUCAUGAUGAUCGCUACUUCGACCCAACCGUUCAUGCUCUCUUCUCUAACUAAUAAUAAUAAUAAUAAUUUUUUAUUAAAGAUCCAUCGGGGUCCCAUCAAAGCAAGUAAAAAUAAAUUUACAUGCGAAUUUCAGACGAGGUAGGCGGAAUCUGUACAAAGUGCGAUUCAUAGUUUCUGAAUUUGUAGUCCGUUAAGCAAAAUGACGAGCGAAUGGUGAAAGAAAACUCCACUCAAGAAUUAAAAAUGAUUGGAUUAAUUUUACUGGAGAAAAAAACUGUCGCUCAGGAAACGACAAAAGUGCGGGCAGGAAUGACCUCCGUGUGGCGGCGUAUAACGGAUUAAAAUCGGACAUCGUCAGAGCAGAAAUGAAUGUCAGCCUUGAGGGGUACGUAUGCGGGUCGGACAGGACUGGUCUGCAUGUGUUAUUGUAUACGGGAUUCAGAACUGACAUCGUCAGGGCAGGAUUGAUAUGCCGGAUGAGACUAUUCGCGUCAAAGAGGCCAGACGAGAGGAACCCAGACGCGAUCGGCCACAGUACGCUUCGAGCCCAGCCGAGGAGUGGGAAAGGGAGGUACGACCGAACUACUAGUAGACGGUGAAUACUGAGGGUUCUGCCGUGAGCGUCGACAAACCGCAUGAGGUCGAAAUGCGGGAGAUGGCAUCAAGAACCGCGAAAAUCGUCGCAAUAGGGGAGGAGUGAUUGCAGUGGAUUUAUAAACCAAUUCAAAACGGGUUUCUAAUGACAUAAUUGAGGGUUACCACUUGAUCUACCAUUAAAUCCCAGGAGAACCCUUCUCGAAGUCAAAAAGCUGAGUGUUCGGGAAUUAAGACCGUUAACAGUGCCUUUAUGCCUUCCGGUGUAAGAUGUUUGCGUAAUUUCGACUUGAAUACCAGUAACUUAGGCGAUGACCUAAUUUCAGGCGGAAGAUUAUUCCAAAGGAAGGCAUAUUUGGAAGCAAAGAAGAAGGAGUGCUUAGAUGUAGUGCAAAGAGGCGGCGGAAUCACCAUGGAGGAGUUGCGCGUGGCCUAAGACCGAUCUCUCGGAGUGAGAGUGUCAAUGAGCGGAAGAAUGGAGUUAGAGUUGAUGCGAAAAAGGAAGCAAAGGUCAGCUUCGAGUCUUCUAACCAACAAAAACUUGAUGUUCGCCAACUGACAUCUCUGAGUAAAAGAAGCACCGGAUGCGACUUGAGAGAACAGUUUCCGGGUGAAAACCCUCUGAACAUUUUCGAUUUUAUUACGAUCACAGGCGUUCAUUAAACCAAAGAAAGGACAGCAGUAUUCGAGGACUGGAAGAACAAACAUUUGAUAAAGUCUUAACUUCAUUUCCGGAAGGAAAAAAUUAUGCGAUAUGAAUCCACAUAUCUGCGAAGUUGACAGGAAUAAUCCUUACUGAGGGAGCCGGCUGGGUUGUCUGGGCUGCGGAGUUCUUAAGUUAAUUCGGUCAUUGCGAGGCUGUUGGUUGAAUAUUUUCUACUGUUUCAUAGGCAGUGCCCUUCAAUGAUGCAGACCGACCGUUGCCUCCGUCGAUUUGGCCUGCAUAAGGAGGCCGGUCACCGACAUCCCAACCAACGUCUGACACAAGGCAUUUCGGUUGAGCGAAACAAAACGUGUCCUUACUCGGAGACGCUGCUGGUCGCGACACCACUUAUCAGUCUGCAGGCAGGCACUUAUCAACCCUUGAGCGAACUAGAGUGCUGUCAGACUAAGUAGCUGCAUGACGGUCAGCAGAUGUUUGCGAUGAUGCUGAUAGCACGUGCUGGCGACAAACAGCUGGUCUUGGUCAGCAAACCUCACCAACCCUUUGCCACUGUCGCACUGAGGACCAGAGUAACUGAUUCAGUGGUUGUUUGAAAAUCCGUUUGACCACAGUCCGGGCAUUCCAGCCAUUGGCAGGCAUUGACCAACCCAGCUGAGAGAACUUUCCAACCAGGUCUCACUGCUGUAGGUGAGGCGCGUUUUCACCGCGCUGGUCCGCGAUCGGCGUUGGUUAGUAAAGCGACCUUCCACUCGUACGCACGCUAGCCUGUUAUUGACAGACUUCCCCACAAAUACAUGCCUCGCCUGUCCCGAGAGGGCGAUCGCCACGUCGUGUCUAUCACAGGAGUCACUUCGGCCAUUGUGGUGGCCGCAGCGAAAGAGUUUAUUUAUACAUUUUUUCAAGAAUGGGUCUUCGACUCGUACGUCGACAAGCUACAGACAGCCACGAUUUCUUCAUGAAACUCGUGUUACUGGGCAGUGGAUAUGAUGAGGGUCAAAGGGCUUUCUCAAAUUCCGGUUUUUACUUCCUACGAGGUGUUCUCGAAGGACUAAUACUUUCAUUACGCCCACAAGAGCUGCGGAGCGCGCCUGUUCUUGCAAAAGACACAGUUGCAUAGACUGCCAAAGUAUACUUGAAUCGUGUCUUUCUUACAUAAUUCCGCGCCCCCUAGACCGUUUCAUAUCACUGUCGCGCAUUACCUUCCAUGUCACACCGAGUUUAAACAGAUUAAAUACUCUUCAUACUUUAAGCGCUCUUAGUCGUCGUCCAGGUACGCUAUCCUGUGCCCUGCUCGUGUGAUAUUUCAUGACCUGUGCAAACUUCAAAAUUUUUUUUCCUAUGGCUCUUCAGACAGUCGGAAUCAAUCCCAAAAUCCCCUCCCCCCUCUCGGACUGAUUCUAAUUUGAGCAGCAUCGUACCACCCCCAAUACAGCCUGAUUUCCGGCGAUCAUCCGACUUCGCAUCUCGGUCCUAUUCACAGGUGAGUUGUCAAUCCCUUGUGCAUGUAGAUGAUAACAUGUUUGCCUGUUUAACCAAUAGGAAUCUUUUUUAGCUUUGUUAUAAAUUGGAUCUUUUUCCGCAGAUUGGACAGCAUCCUUCUUCCAAAAGCUUGAAAUUACAGCCACCUUCAGGCUGUUUUGGUUCUUCACGUUCUUAAAGUGCACCUCCCACCUGGUGUAGAGGAAUUAAGUCAGCAGUGUAGGUAUUCAGAGAUACUAUCUCUUACAAUCAACUGUGAUUCGGUGUAAUUCUUCUGUACGGUCUUGAAUAGUGGGCUGUGCGCAUGGAUACGAGGACUAGCGAAUACGGCAAGCCUUUAACACUUUUGAGAUACGCCAACUCUGUUUCGAAUGUGACCGCCCACCCUCGUUGCGACAACUUCGCGAGCAUACCCCGAGGCCAUCCAAGGCAGAGGCGGCUAUGAUGGUUGGGUGCACUUUGCGUCACCCGCUCUGCGAGUUCGCUGUUGACGCCCCAAGUCCAACGCCGCCACACUAGUGAAGGCGACUAGAAAAGUGUCCGCCCAAAACCUGGCUUGACACAAUUUCUUAAGACAUGGAGUCAGUCCCCCGACCUAUAAUAUUUGGUCUUCACCACUGGAGAAAUGAAUUAGUAGGGUUCUCCGAGUCCGUCAGUACUGAUAAUUGCGCCUGGUUAAGUACUGUCUGCAGCGUAACUGGGACCACUUAGAUCGGGCCUAACAACAUCAUUAACAACUAUAGACAGUUAUUGGUGGACAGUGUAUUGGCCAUCUACUUGACGUCUGCCAUCUGGACGAAAUCUUUUUUCCGUUUGCAGAGUCAAACUCACCUUUCGCGGCAUUUAUUGCGUCGUUUCUGUGGCAAGAGAUUGUGUCUUUGACGAAUUCCCCAGUACGUACAAGAUUUAUAUAGGGGCUCAUAUUUGCUUCUGCCAGCCUUCUGUCAUUUUUAGCGUCGUGCGCCGGUUUAAAUGGUGUGUGCGGACAUUCCAGCGAUCUCUGAGACGCAAUUACGUCUAAAGACUAGUCCUGUCAGCACUGACCAGGGCUCAUAUCGCUUUAUAAGCUGUUGCUUCUGGAUAUGCAAUGAGAUUUCUGCUGGUCGUGGCCAGAGGAUGCCUACCUUACUGGAGCCGCUCCCCGGUAGAACGGCGUCUGGUAGUCUCAGUAGUGAAGGACUUUUCAUCCGACGGGAAGAUGGGGUGCCCGGUAGUUUACCUGCUGGCUAUCCGGCGCUUCCACAGGUGGCGGAUAGUGGGACUAUCUUCAUUUAAGGUUAGCUGCGAACUAAACAGACCCCGGUCUGACGAAUAAGCAGUCGCGGGCCAGCAGCUACAUUGUUACUAGGGUGCGAUGGGCUGCGGUCUGGCACUCUGACAGCCGCAAAACCCAAUGACGGCAUUGUGACAUGGCGACCGUAAACCGCCAUUAAAUAAGUUUGCUUGCCACCGCUGUCUUGUGGUUAGGCUUUGAAGCCAAAGCGCUAGAGGAGACAACCUCGAACAAACAACCCCAGCGGCCGUUGGGGAUCCGCCCGUAUUCGAAAUUCCCAAGAAACCUCACGAGAUAUGUCCGAUCACAGUAUUACGACCCAUGCUACGGCGUCCACGGGAACCGACGCUCUCCGCAACCCUGGUCCGGUGGUGCGGACGAAUAGUAUGCGAGCUGGACUACUCAAUCGGGGACGGACUCUCGGUAUUGGAUGCUGGAAUGUGCGAAUGUUCCUGGACCCCGGUACCCAAAGUCUGACCGCACGCAGCCCUGAUCAGUACAACGUGCAUGUUUGCCGCGGAUCUUCACGCGUGGAGAGGUACAGUUCGUGACAUCAUCGAGGCCGGCUAGAUCAGGCAUGAUCGCAGCCGUCUCAAGUACAAGUACUAUGGUAAUCCUCUUUUUUGAGACAUACCAGAGCACAAAACAACGUGGUUCCGACAUAAAUUAAGUGCAGGCACGAAUUCCAAUGAAUACAUAAUUUAUUAGGGAGGAAAUGCCGACAAAGACGAGCGAGAGUGAUAUAGCAAUUUCCGACCAAUUAGCCGUCGUCAGCCAGCCAUACCCAACCCUAGGUAUGGAUGACCUGGGAGUCGAACCCGAACUCCUUAUUCAUAGUCCUGCGCUCCACUGUUGACCCAGGGGCCGGUUGCGAUCGCAAGCAACAACUAUCGUGGGAAGAGCGUUCACGAAAAGGGGUUAUGGGACGUGCUCGUCCUCUUGCACCCUGGUGCUCAAUCUAGGGCAUGUAACCCGAUCGGUGAACGCCCAUUCCCGCGAUAGGAUUUGGCAAUGUCAGAAAAUUUCAUGACGCCUCUUUGGUUGCCACUUGUCGCUGCACAGGACGGACAAGUAUUCAGUUGACUGAAACCUACCCGAAUGCGCCCCUGGCCAGACCCCUAUCCCACACCCGCUACUCACUUCACUGCCUCCUACCCGACAGCCAUGACGGCCUCAGAAGUGGUGGUCGGAGUCAGCCAGUAAUGAUCCUUAGAGGCGAUUGUCUUACCUCCUCCACCGCACUGUCAGAACUUGAAUUUUAGCUGUGUCGUCUUGCUCCACUGAGCAGUCACCUUCCCCUCCCCUCACCCCUGAUCUCUUUCCAGCCAACAAUGACCGCGCCCUCCCAGGCCGACGCCGAGUUUGACAAUAAUCUGUCACAAAUGGCUGUCGGCAUGGCUCGCCUUAAGGAACUCGCCUCCACCAUGAAUACGGAACUGAAGGCGCAGAACGAGCAACUGGACAGACUGCAGCCAGCCAUCGAUCGUGUGAGCACCACUACCGUGGAACAGAACCGUCAGAUGAACAAGCUGCUCGGUCGGAAGGCCCCCAGCUAG